ACAGUGUCGCUCUCGCGUUCCCCUUGUGUCUGAUUGUCUCGCGCUGCUGCGGCGGCGGCCGUUGUUGCGGUCUCGGCCGAGCCCCGCGAACGAGGGCAGAAACGAGGCUGUCGCUACCGCACCUCCUGUCGCGAGGCGGGCACCAUGGCAGGGGUUCCGCCCGGCUCUGCUUCUCGGCCGUUCUCGCCGCUGCUCCGGCUGCUAGCCAUGGGGCUGGUGCUUGGGGGCCACCGAGGGGCCCAAGCCUUACUGUGUCUAUGCUCUGGUUGCACCCAAGCGAACUCCACAUGUGAAACAGAUGGUGCCUGCAUGGUCUCAAUAUCAAACAUGAAUGGAGUCAAGCAUCAUGUCCGAACCUGCAUCCCUGAGUCAGAUCUUGUUCCUGCUGGAAAACCUUUCUUCUGCCUGAGUUCAGACCAUCUGCGCAAUACACAUUGCUGCUACUCUGACUACUGCAACAAAAUUGAUCUUAUGGUGCCCAGUGGACACUGGAAAGAUGAAGAAACACCUUCUAGCUGGGGUCCUGUGGAGCUGGUGGCCGUGAUUGCAGGGCCAGUCUUCCUUGGGUUCAUCAUUAUGAUCAUAGUAGUUUUCCUCUUUCACCACCACCAGCGGGUCUACCACAAUCGUCAGCGGCUGGAUAUGGAGGAUCCUUCUUGUGAGAUGUGCCUGUCCAAGGACAAGACCUUGCAAGAUUUAGUCUAUGAUCUGUCUACCUCUGGUUCUGGCUCAGGUUUGCCACUCUUUGUCCAACGCACUGUGGCUCGAACAAUAGUCCUACAGGAAAUCAUUGGCAAAGGUCGUUUCGGGGAAGUGUGGCGUGGUAGGUGGCGUGGUGGUGAUGUAGCUGUGAAGAUCUUCUCUUCGCGGGAAGAGCGAUCCUGGUUCAGGGAAGCGGAGAUCUACCAGACCGUUAUGUUACGCCAUGAGAACAUUCUAGGUUUUAUUGCUGCGGACAAUAAAGAUAAUGGCACUUGGACUCAGCUGUGGUUGGUCUCUGAUUACCAUGAGCAUGGAUCUCUGUUCGAUUACCUUAAUCGAUAUGCUGUAACUAUUGAGGGGAUGAUUAAAUUGGCUUUGUCUGCUGCCAGUGGACUGGCACAUCUGCACAUGGAAAUUAUGGGGACUCAAGGAAAACCUGGGAUUGCGCACCGGGACUUGAAAUCCAAGAAUAUACUAGUGAAGAAGAAUGGAACUUGUGCUAUUGCAGACCUGGGUUUGGCUGUCCGCCAUGACUCUGUUACUGACACAAUUGACAUCGCACCUAAUCAGAGAGUUGGCACAAAGCGGUACAUGGCCCCCGAGGUUCUUGAUGAAACUAUUAAUAUGAAGCAUUUUGAUUCGUUUAAAUGUGCCGAUAUUUAUGCCCUGGGCUUGGUCUACUGGGAAAUUGCUCGCAGAUGCAACUCAGGAGGUAUUCAUGAAGAAUAUCAGCUCCCAUACUAUGAUCUUGUGCCCUCGGACCCCUCCAUUGAAGAAAUGCGAAAGGUUGUAUGCGAUCAGAAGCUGCGACCAAACAUUCCUAACUGGUGGCAAAGUUAUGAGGAAGCGAAAGCGCGGAAGGGUCGCCUCCUUGAAAAGGCCACCCGCGAGAUAAGAGUUCUCCGCCUCUCCGAACUGCAACAUCCCCACGCGGCGGGUUUCCCGGUUGGAGGCGGGGCGCCCUCGUGCCAGUGGGCGGGGACUAGCCGCAAGGGCGUGGCUUCCCCGGUUUCGAAGCAUCCCCUCUUCGUCCGGAGAGGCCUUUCAACAAGCAGAGGGAAAAGAGGAGGCGGGGUCUAG